UAAAAUUAUAGACGCGCAAGAACAAGCGCGUUGCGCAUUGCGUGAGAAGUCAAAGUCAGCUGUAGUAUUUUUGUUGUUACGUUGUAUAUGUGUGCACUGUUAUUAAUUAGACGUAUUUUCUGAAAUGCUGUUUACGACUAACUGAGAAAGAGCGUUUUAUGUACUUAAUUGAGUAAAUGUAAUUUCACAAGAGGUUUCGUAUGGAAUCCAGUGAAGCUCCAGACGCAAUAAAAUCUCUUGACAGUUCAAACUACGAAACAAAUGGAGAUGCUGUUUUGAUUUUUCGAUCGUCCCCCUCGUCAGAAUUUGGAAAUAGUCAAUGGAGGAAAGAAAUAUUUCGGAAAAGUGUGAAAGGUGGAAAAGGGAGGAGAUACAUUCGCAGCCAGUCGUUAUGUGUGUUCCAAAAAGAUAAAUAUUCAGCUGGAGAAAUACGGCGUAUUAGAGAGCGUUUGUUACGAACACAUUCUCACACAUCUGGAGAUUUCAGAAGUUUUACCCGCACCCAGAAAUUAGCCCUUACAGCUCUUUGUGUUGUAGAUUUCACAAGUUUUUGCUCUAUGUCAGUGAUGGCUCCUUUUUUUCCAAAAGAGGCAGCUUCAAAGGGCAUGAGUGACACUUUGUCAGGAUUUGUGUUUGGUUUUUAUGCCCUUAUUAUGUUCCUGUCAUCACCAUUAUUUGGUAAAAUAUUACCUCGUGUGGGAGCAAAGUUCCUGCUUAUGUCGGGCAUGUUUGUUGCUGGAGGAUGUAACAUAAUUUUUGGUACAUUGGCUCAUAUUGAGUCUUUGGAAAUAUUCACUUUGUAUUGCUUCAUGGUGCGAGGCAUGGAAGCCCUAGGGGCUAGCGCUUAUGCUACUGCCAGUUAUGUGUUUGUUGUUGAUAUUUUCCCUGACAACAUUGGAUCUGUGUUAGGGAUUCUGGAAACCUUCGUUGGCUUGGGAAUGAGCAUUGGGCCUGCUUUCGGAGGAUUUUUGUAUUCGAUCGGAGGUUUUGAACUUCCGUUUUACACUUUAGGUGUGCUCAUGGUUCUCAUAGUGCCUAUCAACUUCUGCCUCUUGCCUGCUGGGGAUGCUUCCAGUUUGAACAAAAGUUCUGGUUCCUUAUCACAACUUUUAAGAUUACCUUCAGUUAUUAUCAUUAGUAUGGUGAUUGUUGUGGCUUCAAAUACUUGGGGAUUUCUUGACCCUACUCUUGAACCACAUCUUAGAGAGUUUCAUUUGACUCCCGAGAAAGUGGGUUUGAUCUUCCUGCUGUUUUCUGCCCUCUAUGGUAUAUUCAGUCCUCUAUGGGGCUGGCUAGCAGAUAGAGUAAACAAUCACUGGGCCAUGUUAACUGUUGGCCUUUUCAUAUGUUCAAUAGGGCUGCUGCUUCUAGGACCAUCUCCACUUUUGCCAUUUCUUCACAAUACUCUCUGGUUGAAUCUCGUUGCACUUUCAAUCUUGGGUGUGGCUGUGGCACUCACACUUUUGCCAACAUUUCAAGGUGUUCUGGACAGUGCUCUUGACGGUGGAUGCAGCGAUGAAAUAGGAACAUACAGUAUGGUUGCGGGUGUAUGGUCCUGUAUGUAUUCUUUGGGAGAGGUAAUUGGUCCCUUACUUGGUGGGGCUCUUAUGGAUAAAUAUGGUUUCCCAUUGUGCUCAACAGUCAUGGCUGGAUUGUGCUUCUUAUUGUCUGUGAUAACACUCCUGUACUUCUCCACACAAAAUUCUCGCACAUGUGCUGGCAAGGAAUCCAGUACAACGGACAGUGGUAUAAGUGACACAACAGGUUCCUGGGAUCAGGCAGAUGAAGCUGGAAAUGGAAGUAUUUCCUCUCCAGGCCAACAGGGCAGCUUUGAUGCUGAGGACAGUCCAUUGCUUGGAGCCAUGGCCGAUCAAGCAAACAUGUACACUCAUGAAAAGGUUUACCACUGCCCACCUGACAUGUCUUCUUAUGAUGGAUGGGCAGGAGCAAGUCCUGGGUGGCUUAAUGAUGUACGUCGCACUGUUGCUAUUACUGGUGGUGGUGCAUGUGAAGUCUAGGUAGUACAUGCUUGAUUUUUACAAUUAUAUAUUGUAAUUACCAUAAGGAAAGAUUUGAUUGCUGAAUAGGAGAGGUAGUCAUAAUGAAAAGAUGAAGUUCCUGAGAAAUUAAGGUAUUUGUAUUAGAAAGACCCAUUUUUGUGUUUUUGAAGGACAAAACUAAUUUAGUACCUGGAAAAAAAUAUUUAUUCAGAAGAAAAAUGAAAUUUUCGUGGUUGUCUUGUAAGCUUCUCAACUUGAUUGCGUAUUAUAUGCUUGAAAUAAAUGUAAACUCUUAUGAAUCUGUUUAAGGUUUCUUAAAUAUUAUGUAAUGCUGUGAAAUAUUUCUGUUGAAACAUUUGCAGAGAGAGUUUAAUUUAUUAAUUUUCAUUGCAUUGCCAUCAUGUCAGAGAGAUGAGUACAUGUUGACUGCAUUUUAUUUACAUGAUGAUACUCAGAAAAGAGCCAAGGUAGAUUUUGACAAUAAAAGACAAU